AUGGAAACAAAGCCUAAAGAUCGCCGAAUUCUCACGAGACUAUUGACCAGAAGGCUUGGUACACGGAUACGAGCGCGAAAGUUGCACAAUCCACUAGCGAUGUUUAUUGGACGGCUUUUUGCAUAAAGGAACCAAUCUACUAAAUAUGAAAUUUUUUGAUUUUAGGAAAAUAAUCUAUUACGAGCAUAUAACUUAUAAAUUAUUUAGCGUUAUAUUAUAUACACACAUUUAAAGCCCUUAGUAUACCAUUAUUUAAAAUCGUUUUUGGAGAUGGUCAGGACUACUGUGAGGAAAAUUGAAAGAACAUCGGCCAUACAUCUCUGUCACGGCUAAAAGCUGCAUUGCUGCGACUAUAGAAAGGAUCUUAAAUAAUUUGAGCAAUGUACAUAGCAAUAGAAC